CCUGGUUAUGAGUUAUGAGGAAAACAGUUUUCUUUAUUUACGGUUACCAAAAAGAUAGAGAUCCUUGUCAUCAGUUGAUGCUUGUUGAUAUGAUAUGUAACUCUUGUAGCUUUUCUGAGAAAUUCACGUUGAUUGCAUUACCCGGUUCGUUUCUUUGUUUACAUUUGAAUAAUGUAAUUUCGUUAAGGAUUUUCAAUUCAGCAAGAAAUAUCAUUUCAGCAGAAUGCAGACAUUUUUGCCUUUUUGGAUUGGUGGAACAGAUGGCAGUUUCAUAUCCUAACUGCAUUCAAUUUCCGAAAAUUUCUUCCAAACGCCAUCCUUUUAACUCUACCGGGGGGCUCAGUUGCUGGGCGUCCCCUGUAUUUUCUUGUCUUAAAAAUUCAGAUCCAAAUUUGAGCACAGGAGCCAAGGUUGAUCCAUUGUUAGAUAGUGUCAAAUGGGAUGACAAAGGUUUGGCGGUGGCCAUAGCUCAAAAUGUUGACACAGGUGCCAUUUUGAUGCAAGGGUUUAUCAAUAGGGAGGCACUUUUAACAACUAUUUCCUCCCGAAAGGCAACAUUCUAUAGUAGGUCGCGGUCAGCUUUAUGGACAAAGGGAGAGACAUCCAACAAUUUCAUCAAUGUUUCUGAUAUCUUUCUCGAUUGUGAUCGUGACUCUAUAAUUUACUUUGGGAAGCCUGAUGGGCCAACUUGCCACACAGGCUCGGAGACCUGCUAUUACACUUCAGUUGAUGAUUUCCUAAAUAGUCCAGAGGUUGAUGUAAAUAAACUUGCAUUGACCACUCUAUACUCAUUGGAAUCUACAAUACACCAACGGAAAGAGGAAUUAUCAAGUUCUCCAAGUGGAAAACCCUCCUGGACUAAGCGCUUAUUAAUCAAUGACAAGUUACUCUGCUCAAAAAUCAGGGAAGAGGCUGAUGAGUUAUGCCGAACUCUUGAGGAAAAUGAGGACAAUUCAAGGACUGCCUCAGAAAUGGCAGACUUGCUCUAUCAUGCCAUGGUUUUAUUGGCUUGCAGAGAAGUGAAAGUAGAAGAUGUUCUUCAAGUCCUCAGAUUGAGAUUUGUGAAAUCAGGCAUUGAAGAAAAAAGUAGUCGGAAACAAUAAGCACAAGUUUCGAAGGUAGAUUCGUAUGUAUGCAUUAUUUUGCACGAAUACCUACCUCAGCAACAUCACCGUGGAAUAAAGUCUGAUAUUCAGAAUGAAUUAUUGUUUGAGCAGAGUCAAGAUUCCCCGAUGAAAUCGUUUCAAACUUGUACUAUAGAGACUAUCCUCCUCCCUCGAGUCCCCUCUUUCUGUCUGUCAUUGUAUGAUUUGUACUGAGGAUUUCCGUUUUGGAUAAUUUUUGAAUUGUGAGUUGUGUGAUUACUUUGUUAUAACGGAAAAACUUCUGGUCGGAAAACAGGGUGAUGGAAAAUGACUGUUUAGUGACUGUAGAUUUCUUUAAGGUUUUAGUUCAAUUUGUAUGGAAUGUGAAUCUUCGAAACCCAACCAAA